GAGGGCAGGCCGCGCAUGCGCCCCCUUGCUUGCUCGCUCCCGCGGAGGGCAGGCCGCGCAUGCGCAGUCGCUCAGUCGGUGGGAGGGAGGUCGCCGUCCGCUCACUCCCCGCAGCCGCUCGUCUCGCCACCGCCGCCACCUCCUCCUCAACAACAGCCGAUAAAAUGGCAGUUCCACCAACUUAUGCAGAUCUUGGGAAAGCAGCCAGAGAUGUGUUCACCAAAGGCUAUGGAUUCGGUUUAAUAAAGCUGGACUUAAAAACAAAGUCAGAAAACGGAUUGGAAUUCACAAGUGCUGGGUCUGCUAAUAUGGAUACUGCCAAAGUUGCUGGCAGCCUGGAAACAAAAUACAAGUGGGUGGAUUAUGGACUGACAUUCACAGAAAAAUGGAACACCGAUAAUGUUUUGGGAACGGAAAUUACCAUUGAAGAUCAGCUUCUGCAUGGGCUGAAGAUUGGAUUUGACUCUUCGUUUGCACCAAACACAGGGAAGAAAAGUGGAAAAAUUAAGUCUGGUUACAAGAGGGAACACGUCAAUUUGGGAGUUGACGUCGACUUUGACGUUGCUGGCCCAGCUAUACGUGGAGCCGUCGUGGUUGGGUUUGAAGGAUGGCUUGCAGGUUAUCAAAUGACCUUUGAAACUACAAAAUCCAGAGUCUCCCAGAGUAACUUUGCUGUGGGAUACAAGGCAGAAGACUUCCAGCUCCAUACAAAUGUAAACGAUGGUACGGAAUUUGGUGGCUCCAUUUAUCAAAAAAUCAGUGACAAUCUGGAAACUGGUAUCAACCUCGCUUGGACAGCUGGGAAUAGCAAUACUCGAUUCGGAAUUGCAGCAAAAUACAAGAUUGAUGAUGAAGCUACAUGCUCGAUUAAAGUGAACAAUUCGAGUCUCAUUGGACUAGGAUACUCUCAAAUUCUAAAGCCAGGUAUUAAAGUAAGCCUGUCAGCGCUGCUGGAUGGCAAGAAUAUUAAUGGUGGUGGUCAUAAACUUGGCCUUGGAUUUGAGUUUGAAGCAUAAACCUGGAAAUGGAACGAACCUACAAUCAGUAAAUUCCCAAAUAUUUUCCACUGUAGCUAUCUGAAGAUCCUGGUGUUUUUUUUUCUGUUGAGCCAUGUGUCCAAGCAGUGUUGUAAAAUCAAACCGUCUUGUUUGGGGACUGUCCUCAGAAGAACAGAAUGCAUUUUCAAAACAUGUCAUUAUGACUAUUUAUUGUAACCCAUAGACAUUUGCAAUUCACCUACACAUGUCUAUUUUUCCUUCACGGUGAAGACUGGUUGUAUGUGGCGUAAAAACAAAACACUUAUUAUUGUUGGUUGAAAUUGUGGUCCCUUAUCCCUGCACCUUCUGAAAAGGUUGAUGCAACACAGCCAUAUGGAGGGAUUUGUAUGUUUACAGCUGGUAUUUGUGAUGGUUGGGCUUAAUAGAAAGUAAAAAAAAAAUACACACAAAAGAAAUUUAAUGUGCCAUCUUUUUAAAGAUUUCCCUGUUGUGCUGUUCUUUGUUUAAAAUAAGUAUUGUCUUCCAAAUUCUGGAAUAUCAUUAAGGAAAAUACUUUGUUUAUCAGCCCUGAAUUUGAACACAUACCUUGUGUGCGUGCAAUUAUUGAAGGCUACCAAAAACUAUAAAAGUUAUCAUUUAAUCCAUAAGAAAUUGAAGGGCACGUAUGCAGAUGUCAGUCAUACUAAUGUACCUUGCACAUGCCUUUGGAAUACUACAUUAUUUAAAUAACGUGGGCCUAACAUUAUUGAGGUCUGCUUCUUUGGAGUCCAUUGUAAAUAUCCAUGGCUAGAGUUUUACUAUUGUCAGGUGAGUGUAUCUUCGUACUCCUUUGGAGGAAUAUGGAACAGGAAAAGAACAUUGGAAAGGAACUCACUGGUAUUUUUUGAUGAUCGAUAGAUACCUUUAUUUCUGUGCCAGUCCGUUUCUUUUCUAGGGGCAGUCCUGAUUGUUCUGUUAGCCCUCGGUGGUGGGAAGCACUUCCAUCUGAUUACAAGGUCUAUGCAACAGAAUUUUAAACUAGUUAAGACUAACACAACUUCUACAAUGACAAAUCCAGGGCUUGUUGCCAUGUUUGGGUCGGUCUCCAGUGUUAUUUUUAAAUAUAUAUUUGCCUCAAGAUAGUUUCUAUAUAAAGAAUCAGCUGUAUCAAACUGAAUUACCAAAGUGUUGUACUGGGCAAAUGUUGGCACCUGCAUCUUUUUAGGAUAAAUAUUAUUUUUUAAAACAAAGUCACGAAGAACAUUUUCCUCAUCUGAAGUCAGCUGUUUUUAUUUGAGUUGAAAUAUUUGCAUUGUGUAACAUGUGAAGAGAAUUCAUCAAAUAUGAAAAUACAGUUUAAAAUAAAACUCAUUCACAAAUAAAAGCAAAAUGCUGGAAGUUUUCAACUCUGGCAACAUUUGUGGAGAGAGAAUUAGUUAACUUCUCAGGUUAAUGAAUUUCAUCAAGAUCAAUUCACAUGCAAAUAACUGUAUUGCAUUUUAUUGAAGCAGGUUAUGGAAAUGGUAUUUUUGAAAAUUAAUUUUUCCCAUCUUAAUGCAGCAUAUGUUGUCAUUUUAAUAUAUAUUGACACCACUGAUUAAUGUCCUGCUCUUCCCAAGAUGAACAGUUUUUAAUUUGCCUCUAGGUUUCAUCUAUGGCCUAACCAUCUGCUUAAGUAUGCACUAACUUUUAAUUUUAUUACACCCAAGUAGAGGAAUGUAUUACAUGUGCCAAAGUGGUUUGUGAUUUGCCCAAACUAUCUUAAAACACAAAAUCUUUUUAAACCAUCAAUUAUGAUUCCAAGAGUUUUCUUUCCAAUGGACAACCAGCAUUCUGGAAUUGCCUGUUAUAAAUUAGCUUUUUUUAAAGCAUUGUUUGCAAAAAUGAAACUUAAAAUUAUUAUAAAAUGCUUUAUUUGGAAACCAUCUGAACUAAUGCAUUGUUUCAAUUGUAAUAUAUAAUUUGGAGACCUUGAAAGUUUUUUGGGUUUUUUUUUUCCAUUGGUUAAAAAUUACCUUUGUCAAGAGUCAAGAGAGUUUAUUGUCAUGUGUCCCAGAUAGGACAAUGAAAUUCUUGCAACUUUUCAAGCAGUAAUUUUUCAAGCUCUGGUGUGCAACCAAGUGGUAAAUGAAAUUUCAUCUUAGUUGUAUCUAUUUUUUGCGCACUUGGAGGUGCUUCAGUACAAAUUACGUGCCAUGGAACAUUAUUUUCUGGUGAGUGGAGACAGUUCCAGUCGGGUGUUUGUUAAUUUAAACAUUUGUUAAUCAUUAAACUCUAUUAUAGUUCCUGUUUUAUGUGGAUUAAUUGAUUAUUGCAGUUUCGGGAUCUACAGUGCAAGGUCACUCAUCUCCUGCCCACUUAAAAACGAAAGAAUUUUAAAUAAUGUUUAUAUGCAACGUUAUGCAGUUGUAGAAAAUCCAAUUUACGAUAGGAAAUGCUUAAAUACUCUUCAGGUACCAUCAUUAACAAGAUAGACUUGGUGGCUAACAUUUGAGUCACAACCCUGCAUAAGAACCCAUUAAAAUGCUGACUGAUUGUUACGUUUUUUCAUUUGUUUUUGUUACAAACUUUAAUGUGACCCGAAAGUUGUUGAAAAUAAUGUGGGCAUAAAUGUAGUAUUUCAAAACGAGAAUUGAUGUCACUUUAAAAAGUCUAAAGAGAUUUUGAAGUACGUUUAUUCCUUUUAGCAUUUGCACUCAGUAACUUAUCUGGAAGAGAAUUAUGGAACUUUUCAUUUCUCAAAUUCUAACAUAAAUCCUUAAACCUAAAUUACAUUAAAAUAAUCCUAUACUUUUCUUUGCCAUAAUUGAGCAGUGUGAUUCACAGCAUAUGGCCCUUCUCUGUUUAAAAAAAAAAAAAACACAUUCACUUCAUUGACCAUAUUCAUAUUCAUCAGUUUUUUUUGUUGCAAUUGCUACCACCCAUGAAAUCCAAAGCUCUCUUGCCAAGCCUAUUAGGUUAGAGAUUAGUCCUUUGUUGCAUAUACAAAAUCUACUGUGUGUUUUUGGUCUGGGGAAUCACACAGUUUUACUCUUGAAGUGUGACACUUGAGGUAAUCGGAAGCAUAUUUUGGAUGAAGAGGACGUGCGGCUGAUCAAUUGCACAUUUAAUACGUGAAGAUGAGUUUUUGUUUCCUUUGUAUUUUUCUCCGAAAAUGCUUGUGGCUUGUUUCACUCAUUUUUAACCCCAAAAAUUCAAGAGGGAAAAUAAAAUUGCCAUUGACGAUGUAAAUUUAGAGAGCAUACUAACAAUUUGAUUUUUCUCUUGCUUUGUCAGUCUUAAGUCGUAACUUGUGCUUUGGCACAGUCUGUGUUUCUGUACUUUCCCUGAAAUCUGUUAAUUGUUAUUGAAGGUUUAUUUGAUAACUGGGACUCAGUACUAUGUGUCGAAACCUGAUUUGAUCAACAUGUAAGUGCAAGCUUUGAUUUAAAUUUCCCGAUGCUGACCUGUUUUGGUCUACUUCACGUCAAUUUUCCAGCAGAGAUUGAGCAGUGAAAGUAGAUAUUACAGUAGAGUACACAGAUGUUUACUUUCUAUGAGUUCAACGAUUUUAAUUUUCUGUGAGAUCUGUGGUUCUAGUUUACAGUACUGCCAGAAUAUGGGGCACAUAUAUAAUGGCCUCUUGGUCACUAUUAGUUGUUGCCAUUCAUUUCUGCUAUUUUAGUCAUUAUAACAUUUUAACUCAACACUAAUCUUCUGUAAAAUGUAGCUGAAUUAUCGGCUUUUAUGCACUGCGUACUUCAUAGAAGGUUUUCCAUUCUAUGGCAAAAAAGAACUAAAGGUUGCUAUGGGAGUAUUAUCUUUGUUACAAUUUCUGAUGCACAACUGCUAACAUAUUGAAAACACAAUAAAUCUUCUUUUGUGUGCAAA